AUGGAAGUCAUGGCGGGCCUCACCCAAGAAGAACUGGACUUCAAAGAGCAACCCCGCAAAUGGGUCUGCUCCGAAAACUUGGCCAAACACAUUGGCAAUGCAGUGACAAUUCUCUGCAAAGUCAUGGAACGAGUUGAUGAAAACAAGAUAAUCGUCUCCGAUAUGGUCGGCCAGAUCACCUGCACGUGCAACAACGAAGAACUCUUCUUGUUCGCAGAAAAAGACGACUAUGUGCAGCUUGAAGGAUGGGCAUUGAGCGAGACGGAAAUCCAGUGCUGUUCGCUUGAGGAGCUCAAAGACGAAGCCACCAACGACGAAACCGUCUUACUCCGCACCAAGGCCGCGCUCAUGAUGGACCAGUACUCCGCUGUCGUCUACGCUCAGUAA